AUGUUUACCUCAUCAAUCUCUGGAAUGACAAGAAAACGAUUUGGUACAUUUAUUCUAUGUUUUUUCUAAUAUGCAUUUAUACAUUGCUGUAGAUCAACAUGGAGCUAUGUAUCGAGUGGGAUGAUAACAUAAAAAUAUUUUACUGCUUAAUAUCUUGGCUAUAUUGACUUUGCAUUUUUGUUUAGUUAUGGUUGUGCAUUAUCAGUGUAUAAAAUUAGUGAUGUUUUAGAUUAGGGUAAUAUGGAGAUAGAAUGAGCUUAAAACUAUUUAUUUUAGUUGGAACUUAUACAACAAGUUUAAUUUUUGUUUUGAUUGGAGUAAUGAUAUAGAUUGAAGUACAACAUAAUUAUGUAUUCAUGAUCUUACAAAUAAUAAAUGGAAUAUCAUAAUCAACUGCUUGGUGUGGAGUACUAGGUAUUUUAUUUAUAAUAUUAUAUAGCUAUUCUUAAUAACUGGUUUGUUACAGAUAAAAAAGUUAUACUUAUGGGAUACUUUGCAGCAUGUCCUAAUGUUGGAAAUAUACUUGGUGAUAUAUAUGCUGGUUCAUUAAUUUCUUAAGAUAAUUUACCUUUAUAUGUACCAAUAUAUGUAGCUGGAUUUCAACUAUUUAUUAUGAAUGUUAUAAGUGAUUGGCUAUUAGAAAAUUCUCCUCCUGAUGAUAUAAAAAAAAAGAUGAUCGAAGAAUAUGAGAAAACAAAAGCAGAAUAAGAAAAAUUAAUGUAAUCCUAGUUAUUGAUAUCAAUGGUGGAGAAAAAGCACGAAGAAGAAUUAUUAGAAGAUUUAAGUGAUAAGAUGUAGGAUUAUAAAAUAAAAGGAUUUUUACAAAUUAAUUAACCUUAAUUAUAACAAGAAUAAACAAAAUAACUAAAUUAUUUUAAUGCUUGGUUUGUUCCAAAUGUUGCUUUAUAUGCGUUUGCUUUUGGAUGUAUAAAAGCAGUUUAUUAUAUUCUUGGUUUUUGGUUACCAAGUUAUUUAGAUAGUAAAAAUGUAAAUGAUGUUGCUUGGAUAACAGCUAUGAUUGAUGUUGGCUCUAUUCCAGGAGGAAUUUUAAUUUGGUAUUUGUUAUUUCUAUUAUAAUUUUAGUUUAAUUGGAUAUUAUUUUAAUAAAAGAGCAAUUAUAACAGUUCCAUCUUUAUGGAUAGGAACUGUUAUAAUGAUUUCAGUUAAUUUUAGUGGAUCAUUUAAACAUGAAAUAGCUGGAUAUAUGUGUUUAAUAUUUUUAACAGGAUUAUUUAUAGGUGGAUGUUAUAAUAAUAUUUCAACUGCCAUGACUGUAGAACUUAGUAAUUAACCAGAAUUAAAAAGUAUAUUACUUAUUUAUUUAUUUAUCUCUAGAUAGUAAAUCUGCAACAUCAACUGUAGUUUCUGUUAUUAUGGGAUAUGCAGCUAUGUUUGCUGCUAUUAAUUAAUUAAUUGUCCCAUAUGUAGAAAAUCAUUUAUUUCUUUAUUGUGGAAUUUUAUCAAUUAUUGGAGGAUCAUUUCUUAUACCAUUAAUUGUAAAUGAAAUUUAAAGAAUUAAAAAAAUGUCAUCAUCAAAAUAAUGA